GUUUGCUGGUUGUAUACCGACAAGCCCACAACCCACCAAAUUUUGUAAACAAUUCACUUUAAUGGGAUUGCUUCGAGUGUCAAUAAAACAAAUUUAUUUUUUUGGUGGACUCUAGUUUUUCAAUUUUAUCACUCAUGUAUGACACGUAUGACGCAACUGGACCAUCUAAAUAGUUCUGUGUUCCUUGGAUACUCCAUUGCUUUAUUCGAAAUCAUCCAGCUUAUAUGGCUCUGUAACUUGGUACAAUAGAAAGCAUGCCCUGAUGAACGAGUAAAUGUAAUUAAUGGAACGGCGAGUCCUAUAUCUACUUUAGCCCCACCUGAUACCCUGUCACUUUCUGAUAGACAUCUCCUUAACGGCAUUUUGAAAAUUUCUGGCAGUGUUAGCUCGACUCUCAUCCUUUUAUAUCAGCUGAAAACGAUAAGGUACAGGAUGGAGAAAUUGAUCGUGGUUUGUGGAGCGACUGGGACUGUCGGAAAAUCCGUUGUUUACGCCCUUCUUGAAUCUAGUUCCUUGACAGUUCGAGGAAUCACCAGUAAUGUCAAGGGCUACACGGCCACAUCACUUGCUGAAUUAGGAGUUGAAAUGAUGCAAGCUUCGGCGGAGGAUAAACCCUCACUGGAAAACGCAUUUGGUGGUGCUUAUGGUGUCUUCAUAGUUACAGAUUACUAUAAAAUCAAAGACCAAGCUAAAGAAAUUCAAAUGGGAAAAAACAUGGUGGAUGCGGCUAAGUCAGCAGAUGUGAAGCAUGUCGUGAUUAUUGGAUCUAAAUCCGUUAAGAAACUUUUGAAUAAAGACGUGCCAAGCAUGGACGAUUUAGCAGAAAUAGAAGAAUAUUUGUUUGCAUCGGGUCUAUCGGCUACUUCGCUGCAUUUGGCAAUGCCCAUGGGCUUUUUCAUGGCGUUUCUGCAGAAGUCAGAAGACGGGAAAAUCAUAAUGAAUAUUCCUAUGGAAGGAAAGAAAUUGCAUUCAUACCAACAUAAGGCAGUAGGGGGACCUGUAGCAGCCAUUUUUAACGAUCCUGAGAAGUAUAAAGGUCUGACAAUUGGACUCGCCGGUGACCACUUGACCAUCCAAGAGUGUUGUGACGUCAUCAAUAAGUUACGUGGUGAUGAUACUAUUUCAGCUGGAAAGAUGACAGCUGAGGAGUUUGUUGAGAGUCAACCACCUGCCAAACGACCAAGUGCGGAGGUCAUUUGCACGAUGUGUGAAUUUUAUCACUCAGAUCACCCUUCUUUCGACAUAGAGAAAACGAAGGAACUGCAUCCAGAGACCAUGAACUUUGAACAAUUCAUGUCAAGAGAAAUCUACAAAUUAGAAAAAAUGUUGAAGUACUUGGAUUAAAUUGGUUGCGUCCAUCUGCAAUUUUGUUAAAAAUCAAACAUAGGAAGCUAUAUGAAAGUUAUAUCCUUUAGCCAAGGCACUCGGAGCUGUUAUUUCCCUAAACGCGCCUGAAUACUUGGUAUUAGAGUAAAUGUGCGAGGUGGAGCGGCUCGGACCAAGUCUAGGUCUAGACGUUAGUAAUUACUUGUUCAGAAAAACCCUACACCCACUCAUAUUUGCUGUAUAUAGGCCUAAGCAAUGAUUGAGUGUAGAGUUUUAUGAACAAAUAAAAUCAACAGUGACAUUUAUAUAGCGCUUCAUAUUUUGUGUUUCUAAGUACCUUACUUGUAAUUAUCAUUACCCCGGUCGCUCGUUAGAUCCAUCACUUUUUCACAAAUAAAGUGCACCAUCUCCACUCCCUGGGGAGCAUCCAGGUCAGGCAAUCAUUCUUAACCAGUGCACAUGCCAUUCUAAUCACUUCAAGUCUUACCAGGAACCCAUAUAAUACGUGGGUGGAAAGAGACAAACGUGGAUAAGUGCCUUGCAUGCCGAAUGCCAUUACAGGAUUUACAGCCUAGUGGAAUUCGAAUCCUCGAUACUUGAUUUAAGAGUCAAGUGACUUAACCACUACACAACAACACCUCCACUAACUAACGUCUAGAUCUAGACCAGUUUAGUCCGUGAUCACUGCUGUAAAUGCUUUCUGCCGUUUAAGUCUACUUUCAAACUAUGUUCGGCAGAGAUAAGCAGCGCGUGAGGACUAUGUCAAAAGCUAUAAAGGUAAUGGGGUUUUCUCGGAUAUACAGGGUGGUUCAUAAAAUAUAUUCGUAUGCAUAUGUCAAAAGCUAUAAAGGUAAUGGGGUUUUCUCGGAUAUACAGGGUGGUUCAUAAAAUAUAUUCGUAUGCAUUUCUCCUUCAAGAUUGAUUUGUAAAUCUAGAACGACUGCAUGAUUUAAUAAUCAAAUCAUAUACAUAUGUUACCAGUAGUUACCGCAUAGCUAGUACCAGUACUUCGGCAGUAUAUAAGCCAUGUGUAUUUAUGAUAGAACGUAUAUAAUUUAAACUCAUGUAUAUUUAAGAAAAGGCGUCAUUGAAUAAAUAUUUCUUCCUAAUAAGGUGAUGCUCGGAAUUUUUUAACAUUUUGAGGUAACAUUUUAAAACUUAAUUACAGUUCUUUAAUAUAUAUCUUUUUAUUUAUGUGUCUUUGGAACAGCAAGAAUAGUACAUGAUACCCAACUUGGGUGCAUAAUAAUAUUCUAUUCGUGUUGUAUUACUUGUAGUAUCGGUACCAUAUUUGCAGAAAGUUAUUGCUCAUUCUAUUUCUCAAUUUUACAUUACAACCUAACGUGCUUCUCCUUUAUUAAAAUGGCGUGUAAUAUUAUCAGAGAAAAUAGUGAGUCGCUCGAGUAAAAUUGAGUCAAUUAGUACGUAUAGUGAAACACUUUGUCGCAAAAUGUGUCACAUGGACUCAUUCGUAUCAAGUGUUUCAAUGAACGGACAAGUGAAUCAAUCUUUUCUGUGUAUUUUUUUAAGGUUUAACCAAUUGUUGGUCAAGUAUGUUAAAAAAUGGAGUAUAAAAUAGCCGCUGUUAUUUACAAAUGGACAUAUAAUAUCCAUCAAGGAUAUGGUUUUGAUGUCUAAACCAUGAUUUUUAAAGUCAGAAAAUUAAUAACAAGGACAGUCAGUGGUCUAGUAUGUCGAAAAAUCCGAGAUGGCGUCAAGAAAUCUGAGUCUAAAAUGACUGCUGUCACUUAGAAUGGAUAAGGACAUUAUGAUUUCGGUAUCCACUCUGUGGUUUCAUGAUUAAAAUAAUACUUUAGACUGGUUACAAAGAUAUGCACUUGUCCAUUUUGCCUAAAAAUCCAAGAGGGUUUUCAAAAUGGCAUCUAAAACGACUCCUUACACUCAAUAAUGGUCAGAGUUCAUACGAUAUAAAUCUGUGAGAAAAAAAUUUUGGUGUCUACACGGUGGUAUAAAGGGUCAGAUAAUACAUUCGACAGGUAACAAGAAUAUUUAGUUUUCCAAUUUGUCCAAAAACCAAUGUAGAUUUAAAAAUUUCAUCAAAAUGGGUGCUCAUGAAUCAAUAUGAUAACUUAUCCCAUAGGCACAAAAAUAUAUCUCACAGGUGGAUAUUCGAUAUAUCCACUUUUAAGUAACAAUAGUCAUUUUUAGAACCCAUUUUUGGAAGCCAACUUAGAUUUUAAGGCAAAAUGGAUAACUGCAUAAUCAUAGUAACCAGUCUUUAAAGUUGAAUUAAGAAGGGGGUGAGUUUCCAUUCGCAGAUACAACUUCAACUGCAGUUUAUUCCAUUAUGACUUGUUUCGCCACGGACACAGUCCCGAACGAAAACAAGGCAUUAAAAUCGUCUAAAAUCGCUACAUAGAAGAACAGUUUUAACAAUGUAGGGACAUAUUAUUGAUUAUAUGACUUUGAAUAAUUAUUACUUUCAAUAUCGUUCACAUAAAAUCAAAAGCGACAAAAUGAAGUUUUGACACAAAAGUAAAUAUGAAGGCGUUCGUGCAUAGCACACAAAACGGCACUGCCUUGUUCACUACACCGGGACCGAAUACCCCCGUGACGUCACAGUCAGAGAACACCCGUCUCGGUAGGCAUUGCAGGAGCGAACUCGGGGAAAAUGGGUAGGGAUAAAUCGUUCAAAUUCACUAUUUUGAAAAAAGAAAAUAGGGGGUCGAAUCACCUCCUAGUGUUUGGGGGGGUUGUAAGGUUGCUAUUAAUGUAAAUAUCUCAAUAUUUGGAAUCGUCUUCUUAAUUCAACUUUAAGUAUUUUUAACCCUUGGCAUACUAGUGUAGACAUCAAAAUAAUAUCCCCAGGUGUAUGUUUAAUGUUCUAUAUCCACUUUUAAGUCAUCUAAGACCCCAUUCUUGGAAGCAAUCUUGGAUUUGUUGACAUACUUGACACCCGACUGUUCUUUCAACUUGACCCUUUAAACUCUAGCGUAGACACCAAAUCAAAUCAACAAUAUGCAUUUCUAGUGAACUAUGUCUACUUUUAAAUAACCACAGUCAAUAUAGAACCUGCAUUUUGGAGGCCAUAUCAGAUUUUUUUCAUAUUACCAGACCACUGACCAUCCUUAACUUGUCCUAAUGUAUUAUUUGACUCUUGAAAUUAGUGGUUUCGACACCAAAUUACAUCUCCCAGGCCGAUAUGAAAUAAGCUAUGUCCGCUUUUAUAAAUAAGUAUCAGCAGCCAAUUUAGAAUCAAUUUUUGGAAGCCAUCUUAGAUUUUUGACAAACCAGACCAUUGACUAUCCAUGUAACUUGUCCUAAUGUAUUAUUUGACCCUUGAAACCAGUGGUUUAGACACCAAAUGACAUCUCCCAGGCCGAUAUAAAAUGAACUAUGUCCGCUAUAAGUAGCAGCAGCCAUUUUAAGAUCAAUUUUUGGAAGCCAUCUUGGAUUUGUGGACACACCAGACCACUGACUGUCCUUGUAACUUAUCCUAAUAAUGCUUGACCCUUGAAACCAGUGGUUUAAACAUCAAAAUCACAUUUCCCUGGCCGAUGUAGAAUGAGCUAUGUCUGCUUUAAGUAUAGCAGCCAUUUCAGAAUAAAUUUUUGGAAGCCAUCAUUAAUUUUUGGACACACCAGACCACUCACUGUCCUUACUCCCCCUUAAAAUCAUGGAAUUGAAAGCAAAGCAAAGCCGCUUACGUUAAGUAAUAGAUGAAUUGUGGAUUUUUAGCACAGUACGGCAGCCAUUUUUGAUGCCAUCUUGGAUUUUCCAGGUACCCUGGAGUCCUUAUAUUUACUCUACCCCGUGUCAAAAAAUUAUUUUACCUCCUAGACCAUGGAGUAUGAAACGAAAUAGUAUUCUAGGGUGGCUAAUGAGUGAGUCAUAUAUUAAUUAAUUUUCAGUGAAUGGUUGCCAUCUUGGAUGUUAUCUUGAAAAUAACCACUUUCCUCCAUGCGGAUUUUUGUAGAUUUUUAGUAUAAUAUUCAUGAGGUCAAAUAGUACUAAAACUGUUGAAAAACAAAUUGUUGCAAAUUUUCCGGGUAAGGGUAUUUUUGGUCGUACAUUGACUGGUAUGUAGGCCCUACCUUAGAAAGUGAGGCACAGUGCAGGUUUGUAAGUUCGGAAGUUCUCUAAAUCUUGUGAAGAUCAAUGAAUAAAACAUUACAUAAUUUUUUAUUUCAA